AAAAAUGACUGGUUGAGCGACGAGGAAUUAUUUUUGUUUUCCUUUUAUUUUUCGUUUAAUUUGUAAUUUUAAGUUCCUUUUACAUUUAUUUCUACGAAAUGUUCAAGCAGAAAAACAAAGCCCUGCCAAGCAUGACCAACCAAACCAGGAAUCACUGUGAAAUAUGUGAAGAAACUAUAAUAGGUGGGCCGCGUAACUUCAAAGCACAUUUAUUUAAACACGGUGUUAUUAAACCCCGGUUCGAGUGUAAGCACUGCCCUAGCCAGUUCUUCAGUUCCGACAAAUUUAAACGCCAUAUGAAAUCACAUGAUAGGAAUCACUGUAAAAUAUGUGAUAAAACUGUAAUAGGUAGCACGUAUAAGUUUAACUCACAUUUAUAUAAACACGGUGUUGUUAAAUCUCGAUUCGAGUGUAAGUACUGCCCUAAGCAGUUCUUCAGGUCUGAUGCAUUUGAACGCCAUAUGAAAUCACAUGAGGGGUCGCAAAAAAAAUUUACUUGCGAUUAUUGUGGUCGAAGUUUUGUUGAUAAAAGAAAUCUAAUUUACCAUUUUAAAGUCCAUGAUGACUCGUUCCACGGCCGGCCAGAUAUUCAGUUUAAAUGUGACGCCUGCGGGGUUUUUUAUUGUGAGAACAGGCUGCUACAACAUCACAUCAGAAGAAAGCAUUUUAAUUUACAAGUCAAAGAAGUACUGUACCAUAAAAAAAACUUAAACGAGACGUGGGUCGAAGCUGUAAAUGACUCUAAGAACUAUGUGAAGAUGACUAAAGUGAAUAACAAUGUGAUUACUAUCAAAAAAUGUGUGAAAGAAGAGCAUUCACUUAACAAAGUGCAAACACAUGAUUUAGCACCAUUAUUGUAUUCGGGCCGGCAAUAUGCUAAAGGAAAAUGUGAUUAUUGCAAUAAAGAGAUGUUAAAGAAAAGCCUGCGGCUGCAUAUACAAGAGAAACAUUUAAAUGUCCGUAAAUUUAAUUGUGAUACGUGCAAGAGGACUUUUAAGCGACAUUAUCAGCUUGUGGAUCAUGAAUGUGGAAAAAUUAGGAGGCGGAAGCGGAGAAACAAAGUCACAGUGACAGGGGAUGACUCAGGAAAUAAAUGAGAAAAGUGACCUUUAUCCAUCUAAGCUAAGGACCACAACAUACAGUUGAAUUCAAAGGUGUAUUUCAAGAUCUGGUGCUCUUGGUCUAUAAAGGUUUUGACACCAGGGCCACCUA